AUGCAGACGCCGCAGCGUGCUUCGCAUGAACUUCCGGAUUCGAGGCUGAAGCUUUACCCCACAAAUCACAGCAACAAAGGGGGCAUGAUGGAUUUCGAGCUCAAGGGUAGUGAUGAUGAACAUGGCAUCGGCGAGGUCACGGCGUUUGACAUGCAGGCGGGGCAUGCGGAGCCGCCGAAAGUGUACGGAUUCUUCUCCAUGAUGGCACUUGCAGUGUCUUUGAUGGCGACGUGGGAGGCGCUUUGCAGUACAAUGGGAUCUGGUCUGGUUAGCGGCGGACCAGUUUCUCUCGUCUAUGGGUUCAUUGUGUCCUUUGCUGGGAACAUGCUGACUAGUAUGUCGCUGGCCGAGGCUGCAGCCAUGUUUCCUUCUGCAGGCGGCCAAUAUCAGUUCGUUGCCGAACUCAGCCCACCAUCAAUCAGGGCCGCCAUGAGCUGGUACUGUGGAUGGCUCACAGUUCUUGGAUGGCACGCUUUCACAGCAUCUGCUCCAUUUGGAGCAGCCAAUCUCACCUUGGGCUUGAUCCAGCUCUCCUAUCCUAGUUUCACACCCAAGCCAUGGCAAAACAGCUGCAUCUAUUGGGGAAUUACCCUGAUAGCGCUUGCAUUCAACCUCUGGGGCAACCGUAUCUUGCCCCACAUCCAGAACGCCAUUCUCACCUUUCACGUGGGCUUCUUUUUUAUCAUCUUCGUUGCCUUGCUGGCUUUGAAGCCAGAAGCGAACAGUGCCGAGUUCGUUUUCACCGAGUUCCGCAACAGCACGGGUUGGAGCUCUGAUGGCGUCGCUUGGUUCCUUGGAAUGCUGACCUCCUGCUAUGUCAUGAUAGGCUACGACUCGGCAACUCACAUGUCGGAAGAAAUACCCAAUCCAGCCCGCAACAUCCCCAAAGCUAUGCUCCUCUCCAUCGCCAUCAACGGCAUCAUGGGCUUUGCCAUCCUCCUCCCCGUCCUUUUCUACAUGGGCUCCCUCGACGCAGCCCUCGCCUCUGGCGCCUUCCCCAUCAUCCACAUCUUCACCAGUGUCACAGGCGGCAACAAGGCCGCCGCUAGUGCAAUGACGUCCACCAUCAUCAUCUCGGCCUCCUUGGCCACCUUCGGCCUUCUAACCGCGACAUCCCGCAUCCUCUGGGCGUUCGCCCGUGACGGCGGAACCCCAUUUUCCACAGCAUUGGGGCACCUGGGAAGCAAGAGCCAGAUUCCCGUGACGUCGCUGCUGGUGUCCACGGCCAUUAUCAUCAUUUUGGGUGCGCUGCAAAUCGCGUCCUCGACUGCCUUUGCCGCUAUCCUCUCCCUCACCGUCGUCGGACUCAACCUCUCCUAUCUCAUGCCCAUCGUCCUAAUGCUCUACCGCCGCAUUGCGACGCCCCAGAUGCUUGUUCCCGGACCGUUCAAGCUAGGCAAAGCAGGCAUCCUGGUGAAUCUUCUGUCGAUUGGGUUUCUGAUCUUCACGAGCGUGUUUUUGCUAUUCCCGACCGCGCAGCCCGUCACGCCGAAGAACAUGAAUUAUGCCAGUACGGUGCUGGGAGGAGUGUUGAUCCUUGUUACGAUUGAUUAUUUGUUCAGGUCCAAAAAGAUGUAUACGGGGCCAACGCUCGUUUUGCAGGGUAUGGCGAUGAGAGAGGGAUGA